AUGCUGCACCAGCGAACGAGCUCUCUCGUCGACCGAGAUGCUCGCGAUCCACCCGCCAAGGAGCACAGCGACAAGCUCGACGAGGUCGCGCUCGAGCUCGUCGUCCCGGCGCAAGUCGAGGCGAGUCGACUCGUGGCUCACCGCCGACGAGCGCCGUUCUUCCUGCGCCAGCGCAGCAGCACCUGGUUCAUCGCCCUUGCCGUCGGCUGGGGCAUCCUCGUCGACCUGUCGUCCUACUCGCUCGUCAUCCCUGUCGUUCCGUUCCGCCUCGAGGCGCUCGGGUACGACGACAUCGGCAGCAAGACCGGCUGGCUCGUCGCGGCCUAUGCGGCAGGCCUGAUCGUCUCGUCGCCAGUCGCAGGGUGGGUCGGCGCCAAGUACAAGAACCGCCAGGUGCCGCUCACGCUCGGGUUGCUCUUCAUGGCCGGCGCCGUUAUCCUGUUCAUGGAGUCAAAGAGCUUUGCGCUCAUGGUCGUCACGCGCAUCCUGCAAGGCUUCAGCGGCACCGUAUUAUGGACGAUCGGCCUUGCGCUCGUCACCGACUCGGUACCUGAAGAACGGCUCGGCAGCGUCCUCGGCUACGUCAUGGUCGGCUUCAGCUGCGGCCAGGCUAUCGGACCGCCAGUCGGCGGCGUUCUCUACGAGCGACUCGGCUACCGCGCACCUUUCAUCUUCUCGAUUGUCCUCGUCGCCAUCGACCUCUUCCUCCGCAUCGUCAUGAUCGAGAAGCACCAGGCGCUGCGCUGGAUCCGCGCCGGGCACGACAUCCCCAACUUCGAGGCGCCGGGCUAUCACGCCGCCGCCAGCUCCAAGGCGAACCUCGCAAAGCCCGACACGUCCUUCCCUCUCGGCGGCGAGGCUUUAAGGCGCGACAAGCCCAAGCAGGAGCACGCCGACGACGUCGCUCGCCGCCAGGCCAAGCACUCGCACCUCCCGCCGCAACUUCUCGGCCUCCUGCACAUGCUCAAGAGCCCAAGGGCGCUCACGUGCUUCGCCGUGACGGCUCUGAAUGGUGUCGUUGCCGGCGGGCUGUGCGACACGGGCCUGACGUUGUGGGUCAAGCAGCAGUACGGCCUCGACUCGAUGGGUGCCGGGCUCGUCUUCCUCGGCAUCGUCGUGCCGAGCUUCUUUGGUGCUCCUCUCGCUGGCCGGAUCUCGGACAGAUACGGCACCAAGUGGGUCAUGCUCGCCGGCGUCACUCUCGCAAUUCCGGCAUAUCCUCUUCUGCUCGUCCGCGGCCCGCUCCCGCUCUUCAUCUUCUUCCUCGCACUCGUCGGCACAGCUCUCGCCCUGUUCGGCACGCCGGUCCUCAUCGACCUCUCCAUCGUCGCGACGGACACGACCUCGAUCUCGACGGCUCAUUUAUUCGGCGCCUCGAACCUGUUCUACUCGAUCGGAGCCAUCGUCGGACCUAUCAUCGCCGGGCAGCUCCUAUCAGCUGUCGGCACGACGCAGGGCUGGAUGGCGCUGUCCGUCCUCGCGGCAGCACUGAGCUGCCUCGUCGUGCCGCCGGUCGUCCUUUUCAUCGGCGGGCGAUCCAGUUGGCGAGGACCGCUCCGGCCGAGGUCGAGCCCGAGCAGUUUCCCGACGCCCUCAUCUGCAGGAUUGGUCCAGGAAACCGUGCUCGAGAUCGACUGUGGCGCCGGCGAAAAGGAGACGCUGGCGGACAAGGCGACGUGUCAGUGA